AUGGAUCGACAAUCUUUUCGCGGUGAAAUCACCUCAAUCGCCACUACAGCUAGUCUCGCUUUUUCAUCAAGCAACAUCACGUUCUCGGCAAAUUUUUGGGCGUACGGAGCCGGUGAUAAUGAUGAAGAAUUUCCGGAUAGUUUCUUUUUGGCAAGCAACGAUUUUGAUGACAAUGUACGAGAAUUGAGCCAAAAUGGUGGUAGCGAAACGAUUUUCGGUGCCACAUCGAAGCUCAAUCAAUGGAAAAUUCAUGAUGCUGUGGUAGUCAUUUAUACAGCUAGUCCGCAAAAUUUCAUCACCCUUGCUGGCGCCAACUACACAGAACAAGCAAGAACGAUAGCUGUGCAUUUAAAUGAUGGAGUCGAUUUAAGUUCGAUUUCAAACUAUCCAAGCCCAGCGAUCUCUGAUUAUAUCAACAUACUUCAGUUGAUAAUCAAUGUUUGUGGAAAUCUCCCGAAAACGACGCCAGCAACAUUCAGCACGACGACAGAUCCCAACGGAUUGAAUUGUUUGCCUUGUUUGUGCUGUCCUUCAUCUUCUCACUAUGAUUAUCAUGGUUAUUAUUCGGCGUACAUUGUUGGUGGAAGAAAGGACAAUAAAACGUUUUCUUGGACCGAUGGGACACCGUUUGAUUACGAGCAUCAUUUCUGCUUCGAUCAUGAAAAUGUGACUGCGGCCAUCAGUAUAACGAAUUGCGAUGAUAAAGGCUGUUGUGCCGAGGGUUCAUGGGUGACUAUUCCAAUUGAACCCGCAGAGCCUCUCAAUUUGUCAUAUUUGGUGUGCAAGAAGAAA